CACGCUCUAUACGGCUGCCAUAACACCGGCCCUCCAACAGAAAAGGAGCAAAGCAGCGACCACCCUCUCACUUUCUCUCUGUCUCUGCAACCACUCUCCUCACGCAGAAGGAGAGAGAUGAAGAGAGAGAAGACCCUCCUCUCCUCCUCCUCUUCUUCCUCCUACCGAGAACGCGACGCCGCCACCAAUGCUACCCCCGACGGCCGUAGCUGCCUCCACUCCCGGAGCAUCGGAUGCAUGUCCGGCCUCUUCCGCCUCCUCUCCCGCUAUCAACACCGCCGCAAGUCCCUCACUUACGGUAAAAGGCAGCAGAAGAACAUUCUAGUAGUCUCUCCUCCCGCCAAGGACGGAACCGCGGAUCUAGUUCCCGCUUUGCUGCGAGAUGGAGCCGCCGCCGCCGCAAAGAGGAUCUCGUGCGACGUGCCGAGGAGCCCCACGCUGCCGGCUGAGAUGCGGCGGUCGAGCUCGCCGGGGGGCCACGCCGCUCCCCCUCCGCAGCCGACGGUGGUGGCUCGUCUGAUGGGACUGACCGCCGGCGAGGCGCCGGAGUCCGCCUCGGAGAAGAGGCGCAAGCUGCUGGGGGCGCUGGACAGGUGCGACCAGGACUUGAAGGCGCUGAAGAAGAUCAUCGACGUGGUGCGCUCGGCCGAGGAGCUCCGGUACGCUCGAGAAUCCGCGAAGCCGAACGCCAGCUUCGACGGCCGAUUGCAAGAGCUGGCGAAGAAGGAAGGUGAGACCGAGGGCGACGACGAUUCCGGCUACAACGAGAACAGUAACAGCAGGGAGGAGGAGGAGGAGGAGGAGGAGCAGCAGCUGCCGCCACCGCAGCAGGAGGAGCCGAGCCCAGUGUCCGUGCUAGACGAGUUCACUCGGUCGAGUCUGAUCAGUGGCUACAGCAAGCGACAUUCCAUUGCUCAUCAGGCGCGCCCCAAUAAUUACGUGGCGUGCCACGCAGAACGGCUGGUGCCACCGCCCCAGAGGAAGAAGCCUGGAGAAGAGCUCAACUACAGCAUAUGCCUCUUGGACAGGAUCGCCUACGAGCCCUCGCCGGCCCGCGCGAGGACCUGCGAGAUCCCUGUUUCGGCGCCGCCGUCGCGGAUCAGCGAGGUCAUGAGGCAGAGCGUGGAUCAAGUGUGCAGGGACAUCGCGUGGGGGCAGAGGAGGGAGGUGGGAAGGAUAGGUCUGGCCCUGCACGACCACAUCUGCAGGGACUUGAUAGAGGAGACCGUUAGAGAGAUGGGGCAUUGGUGCAUCACGAGCUCCCUCCCUUUCGAGGCUUGUAAACGAAGACUCUGUUUUUAGCGCGUUAUUUAACAAUCUUCUUUCCCUUUUCUCGAUCCCCUCUUUCUUUCUUUCUUUCUUUCUUUUUCCUCUGUUAGGACAGGAAGAUGAUUGUCGUUUUGUGAAUGAAGAAGCAAGAAUUGGGGAAUAGUCAAAGGCUUUUUGAGUUUUGCUUUUC